UGUUUGUGCUAAGAAAUCAUAUUCGCUUGUGCAACCCACCAGUGAACACGCACACGGUUCGGUCGUCGUCGACCGGCGGAGAGUCGUCGUAAAAAUAAAUUUUUUUCGCUUUGUAACGUCUUUUCGUGCUUUCAGUCAAAUAUAAAUCAAACAUAAAAAAUAAUAAUAAUCGUUCUUCAAACAUUCAAUAAUUGCAAUACGUACAGAUACGCUAACUUUGGUCAGAGCGACGGCCACGACGAGAUACGUAGAUCGGCCAAAUCCGAAUGACCGUGUAUGAUUCAUACCACCGUGAGAAUGUCCUACGUCCAUCCGUAACGCAAACGUCGUUUAAUUCGCGGAAUUCCUAGCCACAUUAGUGUGAAUCAUUCCCAGUAAUUUUGUGUUGAACAAUUUUAACCAAAAAUGCCGGUUCUAUUCUCAUGAUAUAUAUAUGUGUGUGUGUAUUAAGGUGUCAGAGUAGUGUGAACUUUAGUGAAAAGUUAGCGGCAUUGAAAAUAAGAACGACAGAAUGUCAAAAUCCUGUCCACUGGAAUACAUAUUCAAAUUGAAAAAUAUGACUUUCAAUAUUUUCGUGAAUAGUGAGAACUUGUUGAUGGUGGUCAGUAUUUGUAGUUUUUACAUCAGAAAAUAUAUGGACAACUCGUUAAUAGGCCUGCUUGAAGUUCGGUUAAUAUCAAUGCAUGCCGAUUCUGUUGAAAGUGAAAUAGAAGACCGGCGCGAAACGUCAGAUGUCGCUAAUAAAAAUGCCAUAACUAUCACUGAAUAUAAUUCCACUAAUGAAAGUAUUCUGAACGUAAAACCUACUUGCCAUAGUGCCCGCAUAGAAACUGUUCAGCCGACUACCCCCAGCGAGUGCAGCAUCCAGCUUAAUAAAACUGCACUAUCUGGACUACAUGUUUUUCUUCCGAAAAAAUCACCUGCGAAAAAAUCAGAUCCUGGAAUAAGGAUUCGAGAGCAUACACCACCUCCAUUAUCACCCGUGGAAGUUCCAGUAGAUCCACGUGUUUGGGAGGCCAGUCACAUAGCAGCUUGGGUAAAAUGGAUGACGGAACAAUUUGAUAUUGAACCGGAGCCGGACAUAUCUAGGUUCCCAACAUCAGGGACUGAACUUUGUGCGAUGAGCCGAGCUGAUUUUUGGGUUUGUGCAGGUUCGCGGCAUGGAGGUAUUCUGUUCGCCAAGCAUUUUGCUUGGACACUUCACAAUGCCACCGGCAGAGAAACUAGCCCAAUGUUAAGCGAUAAUGAACCGAAUCCGUAUCAGCUUUUAAAUGCCGCUUCACACCGAUUGGUUGUUCAAGGUUCGGGGCAGAUACAGUUGUGGCAAUUCUUGCUUGAGCUGCUUGGCGAUUCGUCGAAAAACAACUACAUAGCGUGGGAGGGAACAAAUGGCGAAUUCAAGUUGGUCGACCCUGAUAUGGUAGCAAAGCUGUGGGGAGAGCGAAAGGCGAAACCGAACAUGAACUAUGAUAAACUCAGCAGAGCUUUGCGAUACUACUAUGAUAAAAAUAUUAUGACGAAAGUGCAUGGUAAGCGAUACGCGUACAAGUUCGAUUUCCAUGGCCUUAUGAUAGCGUGCCAAUCACAGGCACAGGGUUGUGAUGCAUCCUCUACCAUUGGUAUGCUUGGAGCGUACAAAGUUCCUCACCACCAACAUCAUCCUCCAUAUCCUGCUCAGCAAUCCCUCAUACACCCCUCCACAUCCAAUACACAAGUACAUAUACAUGCUACCCCAUCAAGUACGCACGUUGACCACACAACAUCCUCCCCACCUGGAUCCAGCAUGGGGUUUUCACCGCCGACUGCCGAAGUCAUAACAACACAUACUGUGCCAAAUACGUUAACGGGAUUUGUUCACCCCAAUCGGACAUUGGAGGAGACAGAAUCCCCCGAUACGCCGUCCUCGCCACCAGUACCUCCGGUCCCGUCUCUGAAUUCUCGAAGUCCAUACUGGUCUUACUGCAGCUCUAGUUUCGAGCCUCGAUCGCCGCAAACGGAUACAUUUCAUUAGGCAAAACCAAUUUAAAAAUGUCUUUUUCUCGCCAUAUUCCUCCCAAGUGAAUAGAUUACCAUCAUUGUCCCCAAAAAGAACCACCCGUUGCGUGGGCAGCCCAAAGCGCCCUUAAAGUUAAUUUGACAAUUAUGUGUGAUAAGAUAUAACUAGGUAAUAAUCAAACUAGUUAAAGGGUACUAUGUGUGCCGCCCCAUCAAGUUUAUGCAAGUGUAAGAAGCUAGGGGGGCACACCAACUGAAUGUUAUUUCGUGUACAUACAGCAUUUGGCAAAUUAUUUUUUAGUAUUUCGGUUAUGCUUACAUAAGUUGUUAGACAAUUUGUAGAAAUAAACUUUAUGAAAUUGUACUCCAAGAACUAAUCAACGGUACUUGUCUCUAAUAAAUAAAUCGCAUACAUCCCUAAAAAUAAACCUUUA